GUCGAUAGUCAGUAAUCGAUAAACGUCAUGAUGUAAAAUCUGCAAACGUCCCGACACCUUUAGGCUUGUAAAUCCUUUUUCGGCGAUAUUUUCAAAAUUGCAAAAUAAGUAUUCGUUAUCAACCAUGAAUUCAACGACUACGUGCAACUGCAACGAAACUACCCCGACCACGGAAGAAUAUCAUACCGCCUUGUCGGAAUUCGGAACAUCAACUCCGCAAGAAUGGCGUACAUCGACGCGAUACGAGGCAGCGGAGCCUGCGCCGGAAUUUCCAUCGACACCGCCGAGAAUCAUGCGACAAGACUAUCGACGUUCCCUUCCGCAGGAUACCCCUUUGAGAAUUACGUCGCGCAGACGAAAUCUCACAGGUGUGGCCAUUGUCCCGCGACGAAUCGACUUUGACGCCAUGCCGGAUGUCGAAGAUCGCGAUGACGAGGAAGAUGUGGGGUAUUCCACGACGGAAACGGUGCGACAAAUUAGUAGCAUGACUGAGCACUCUUACGUCCCCGAAACGAACGCUGUUCCGGGGACGUACAGAUUGAGACGCGCACGACGGGCACAACGUCCAUCGGUAAUGAGACAGUACGCGCCCCGAAUGACUACGAUCACCCCUUGCGGCAAAUGUCUGAGAAUAUAGAGGCGCGUCGUUGGAGUAUCACGUAGCGUGACAUUUAAUUAGAAUCGACUAGAAACGAUUCUCUUGGCGCUCAUCGAAAUUCACGAAUCAUUCUCACGUGAGUUGCACGCGGGCCGGUGAGCGAAGGUGGCAUCGCGAGACGUGAGAUCGCCCGUGUUUGAGAAUGUUUAAUGCAUGGACCACGCGCGGCCGUAGGUAGGUGAACGGUUACCCGAUGUUUGUAUGGCUGUACUCUCCCAGCACGGAUCCCGGAACCCCGAAGAUAUCGUAGAAGUACUGCGCAAACACUCCGGCUGACUGUUUCUCAAUCAGAGUCGCGUAUACGGAAGGCAACGGCAGCACUUGGUACGCGUCUGUUUUCACGGUCAUUCCAUUUCCCAAGUGCGCAAUUUGUCAUCGUAUAAAGCACGCGAUUUAAAAAUCCGCCCAAUUUGAAAGAUGCGACCAUAUCUUCGUCGCGCAAUGCGUCGCACAAUCGAUUUGUUGAUAAUCACGGAAAUUCAUUAACAAAAUUUGCAUAGAAUAAUCGAAGAUAUAUCUUAGUGAACAAAUCCGAAAUAGAAUCAUCCCCCUUGAAAUAAAGUCCUAUCAAAACUGACUAAAAAGAUCAAACUCUGUUGUCUCUUCGAUAUUUUAUUUAAUAAUUUUGCACUCUAAGCAGCCAGGCAAUUAGUUUGAAUUGAGCGAAUGACUACUCGAUAUCAUUGGAAGUACAUGCUUCUACGUCCCAUACAACCGCGUGUUAUCGCCCCUGACUGAGGACGGUCGAUCGACUCGAAGAGUCCUCAAGGAGGAGGCGUCACGUCGGUAUUUCGCCUCGCCUUUGCACUAUUGCCACACGUCGCACGGAGAGAAUGGGCGGCGAGACGACGGGCGCGUGCACGGACAAAACGGGCACGCGAAGACGGGGAGGACGCGUCGU